GGGAAAUGAAAGAAAGCAAGCCUUUUUGGUGGCACUCCACGCAGCCUCCUGAAGCACAGCUCGCCCAGCCCAGCCGUGGGCAAGGACCCAGACGCCCUGGUGCUGAGUUGAGAGGCUGGAGUCCGGAAGAACUAAAGAAGGGAUGAGCAAAGCCAAGGUAUUUCCAUGGAAAUGUCAGAGAGCUCAGAGGGACUCAUGGAAUGUCUUCAGGUUGUGGGUCUGGACAGUGCUCUGUUGUGAUUUCCUUGCACGUCACGGGACCGACUGCUGGACUUACCACUAUUCUGAAACACCCAUGAACUGGGCAAAGGCUAGAAAGUUCUGCCAAGAGAAUUACACAGAUUUAGUUGCCAUCCAGAACAAGGGGGAGAUUGAAUACCUGGAGCAGACGCUUCCCUUCAGCCGCUAUUACUACUGGAUAGGAAUCCGGAAGGUAGGGGGAACAUGGACUUGGGUGGGAACCAACAAGUCUCUUACCAAAGAAGCGGAGAACUGGGGACGGGGAGAGCCGAACAACAAGAAGUCCAAAGAAGACUGUGUGGAGAUUUACAUCAAGAGGGCCAAAGACGCGGGAAAAUGGAAUGAUGAUUCCUGCCACAAGCAGAAGAGAGCCCUCUGUUACACAGCUUCUUGUCAGCCCUCAUCAUGCAGCAACCAUGGAGAAUGUGUGGAAACCAUCAAUAAUUAUACCUGCAACUGUGAUGUUGGGUACUACGGGCCCCAGUGUCAAUUUGUGGUUCAGUGUGAGCCUCUGGAGGCCCCUGAUCUGGGUACCAUGGACUGUAGUCACCCCGUGGGAACCUUCAGCUUCAGCUCUCAGUGUACCUUCAACUGCUCUAAGGGCACAGACCUCAUUGGGGUUGAGGAAACCACUUGUGGACCUUUUGGAAACUGGUCAUCUCUAGAACCAACCUGUCAAACGACUUCCUGUAAGCCUCUAAUGGCACCCGAUCUGGGAACCAUGGACUGUAGUCACCCCCUGGCCAACUUCAGCUUUACGUCCACAUGUACCUUCAACUGCUUGGAAGGAACUGAGUUAAUCGGGGAGAGAAAAAUUAUUUGUGGACCAUCGGGAAUCUGGUCAAGCCCUAGUCCAAUAUGCCAAAAAGUGGACCAGAGUUUCUCAAUGAUCAAAGAGGGUAACUAUAACCCUCUCUUCAUUCCGGUGGCAGUCAUGGUUACUGCUUUUUCUGGGUUGGCAUUUAUCAUUUGGCUGGCAAGAAGAUUAAAGAAAGGUUCAGUAAGCUGAAAAAGGAGGACAGGUAAAAAGUCUCGGGAAAGCGUGGACGAUCCGUAUUAAAGCACCCUCUGUAAAUGAAAAUUCUCGGGAUCCUAACGCGUCACCGGAUCCCCCAAAUCCCUCCCUGAAAAGUUAUCGCGCGGUGGUGUCUCCUGCCCUGAAGAUGAAUGUGUCGCCCUCAGUGCACCUGGAAAGAUCUCUGAGGAACCGGCAGCAGUUUCUGCUCCCUUUGCGCCCCUCCCCCACCCCCUUGUGGUUUAUAUAGCGCACUCUGUUACUCUGUUUUUCGUGGAGAAACGAGAUCACGGGGGGGGGGGGGGGAGAAGAUUGCUGGGGAAUAAAAAGAUGCCCUAUUGUGCUCUCUGUCUUGCACCUACAGGCUCGGUUUUGAUGCAAAUCACAUUUUAUCUCCAGUCUCCUGUAGGGGUCCAUCCUUAGACAUAAGUUCAUCAAAUUGAUGUUGUCCUCGCUUUCCAACGGCAGCAAAGUAGUGGGGUUCUGCCCCGAACAGAAAAGGUCCUGCCAUGUGCACGGUAGCCUCACCUCCUCUGUAAAUGGAGGCCAUCCUCUUUAACUGCCUCCGGCCUCCCCCACCUUCUUCGGCCAUCCCCUCUUCCCAGUUGGCUGGUUUCCACACAUAGCAUCUCAUGGGCACCAAACGAAAAGAGAGAAGAGAGAGACAGCGAGACUGCACUGGUUUUUUGGGUUUUUUGGCUUUUGGUUUUACUCGUUUUACUAGAUCCACCGAAACAUCUUGUACUCGGUGCCUUUUAAAAAAUGACCACUAUAUUUUUAUUAAAGAAACAUCCCCAGAAACAUCACCAGAAAGACUAGUCUUUCAUACUAGUCUUGUCACAGCUAGUCCAAACCUGUGGCCUCCUGCUGCAAGAUUAGUCUAGGUUUUGUGCUUAAAUAGUCUUUUUUUUUUUUUU